CGGGAGGGGAGGCGAUCCCGGAGGCUGCCUGCAGGUGGCGGCGGAACCGCGCUCCGCCUCCGCGCCCCGCCGGGCCUGCGCCGUCCGCCCGGGCCGGGCCAUGACCGGCGAGGCCGUGAAGGCGUUGCUGCAGCGGCUGCAGGCGCUGCAGGGUGAGCGGGCCGAGGCCUACCGGCUCUUCGAGGAGGGCCACCGGGCGUACCUGAGCAGCGCACCCCACUACGACUUCCCACGCUACCGGCAGCUGGUGCACGAGAUCACGGUGGCCUUCAGCGGCAUCUCCCGGGAGGUGCUGCUCAUCGCCGGGCGCCUGCGGGAUGAGCUCGCCCGCCCUGACCUGGCCCAGCACCUCGCCCGCCUCCAGGAGCGGGAGCAGGAGAAGCUGCAGCUGACGGCACAGCUCCAGCUGGCCCGGCAGCAGGCGCAGGACCAGCCCGAUGUGGACGCCCAUCAGCAGGAGGUGCGGGAGCUCAAGCACAAGCUAAUUAAAACCAUUGAGGCAAUCAGCGAAAUUCUCCAGGACCUCAAGUACGAUUCGGAAGAAGUCGAGUGAUGGGUGUCCUCGUGGGAACGGGUGGAGGGGCCGGCCGGUGGAACGGGGGCCCCACUCCCCUCCCUGGCCCCCACCACACUGCCUUGGCAAGGUGGGCACCUUCCCCCUGACCCCUUUUCUUGGGCAUGGGCUGGAAGGGGUGGAGAACCCCCCUUGGGAGCAGUGGGGUCCCCUCCCAAUCCUGAGCAUCUCUUGGUAGAGGGGUCUGCUGUGGGGCUGGUUCCCCUCCCUGGCUCUGCUGGCCGUGCUGGGGCUUUGCCCAAGGAAAACCACAGUCCGCAGUGCCAAGGGGCCACCUUGCUGUGCCCCCCAUGGGGACAGGCACUGCCUUUGCAGCAGCCCCCAAAAAACCACCUCUCGAAGAUCAGCUGUAGCCCCAGCUCCGCAAGUGCCCUUUCUACAGUCAUCCCAUAAUAAACCUGUCCCCAUGGA